AUGCAUAUUCAGAAAAUAGAAAUUGAAAAUUUCAAAAGUUUUAAAUCUUUCACUUCAAUUGACCUAUCACCCAAAUUUACAAUAAUCAUAGGCAAAAAUGGAAGUGGUAAAAGUAAUAUUAUCCAUGCCAUUCGUACUGUUAUAUGCUGCGAAAAAUUAAGUAGAGAGGAUAGACUUGAUCUAAUACACGAAAAUUUAUUCGAAGAUACAACUUCUAUAUCUCUGUUUAUUGAUAAUUCUGAUAAAAGACUUGACAGCCAAAAGAAUAUAGUAAUUAAAAGGUGUAUAAAUGCAGAGAAAGAUGAAUAUUUUUUAAAUGAAAAAUUAAUUAGCAGAAAAGAUUUAAAAGGAUUUUUAGAAAAUGGUGGGAUAUCAUCCUCAUCUUAUUUUAUUGUUCAACAAGGUAAAAUUGGAGAAUUAAUAAAUAUGACAGAUAAGAGCAGGUACGAAUUAAUUAAAAGCAUUUCUGGUGCACAAAAAUAUGAAGUAGAACGAGACAAUUGUCUAAAAAUGCUUAAUGAUGCAGAAAUAACAAAACAAAAAUAUAUUAAUAACUUAAGAAUUAUUGAUGAUAAAUUAAAAAAUUUAGAAAGUGAUAAAACUAAAAUGGAAAUUUGUACUAGACUUGAAAAAGAAAAACGUAGAUAUGAAAUAGCUUAUUUACAAAAAGAGCUUAUUCAAAUUAAUAAUAAAUUAGAGGAAACAGAACAUAUUGCAGACAAUUUUACUGAUUCGUAUGAAGAUGUGGAAUAUGAAUUAAAAAAAAUUAGUGACAAAAUAAAUGAACUUGAAUAUGGAAAAAUGCAAGUAGAAAUAUAUUUUAGUAGAGAAACUGAGAAUUUAGAGAAUAUUAAUUUGUCAAGUAAAGUUAAUAUAAAUCCUGAUUUACAUUCUAUAACUAACAGACUAAAAGAAAUUUGCUUAUGUAUAGAAAAAACUUCUAAGCAAAUAUCUGAACAAGAAGAAAGUUUUAAGAAGUACAAAAAUGAAGAAAGAGAAGUUUUUAUUGAAAAAAUCUUUUUAAAAAAUGUAAUAAGUUUUUUAAAAGAAUAUGAUACCAGCAAAACUGAGGAUAUUGAACAUAUAAAAGAAUUAUUGAAAGAAAAAAAAAGAUUUAUAGCAGAAAACAGAACUACGAAAAAUAUAUUUAACUUUAAAACUUUAAAUAAAAUGAUAGAAAAACGUAAGGAAUUGUGGAGAGAAGAAAAAAAAUUAAUACAAGACGAGAAGAAUUUGAUAGAUUGUGUACAAAGCAAUGAAAAUAAACUUAUAUCAUCGGGACAUUUUUCUUACAAAGUAUACAAAGAUAUAAAAAAUGAGGAGGGUGUUGUUGGUUGUAUUUUUGAUCUUUUUGACAUUCCUGACGAUUUACUAAGUGCUUUUGAAGCAGUGGCUGGCGGAUUUUUAUUUAAUAUUGUUGUGCUAGAUAAUAACCUAAUACCUAAUUUACUAAAGAAAGUUAAUGGAUCUGUAACAUUUAUACCUUUAAAUAAAAUGACAUAUGAAGAAGCAAUGGAAAUAGAAGAAAAAGGUAUUUAUUUACUUAGCAGUAAAAUAAAAUGUAGAAAUACAGAAUAUACUAAAGAAAUGUCUGCUUUGCUAUCUUUUAUAACUAGAAAUUCGUAUGUAGUACAAGAUUUAAGAACUGGAGAAAUGUAUUCUUCAAAAUAUAAUAUUAAUAUUGUUACACCUGAAGGAGAUCUUAUAAGAAAAAGCGGUGUAAUUACAGGUGGAUACGAUUCUAAAAGUUCAACAAUCAAAGAAUAUAAAAAAAUUAUAAACAAAAAAAAUGAAAAUAAAAAUAAACUAGAACAUUUACGAAGUAAAAUAUCAAAAAUCAGUCUAGAGAUCGAAACAGUAGAACAGAUUCAAAAACAAAAUGACGGGUCUUUUGGUGAAAUUGACUUAUUAAUUUCUAUUACAAAAUUUUUAGAAGAGAAAAUUGAGAUUUUAAAAGGCAAAGGACAUAAACUAAAAUAUUAUGAAAAUAAAUUAGAAAAUAUUUUAUACAAGUCUCUAGGACUAAGAAGUGCAAUUAUAAAAUUAGAAAGUGAUUUAGAUGAUUUAAAAAAAGAGUUAGAAGAUUUUAAUAGUGAAAAAGUUAAAUCGAAAAAUUUCUUAGAAAUUCUUACUAAAUACAAGGAUAUUGAUAAAUUAAAAAAGAAAGAAAAAGAAUUAAAAGCCAAUUUUACAAAUAAAAAUGUAAAAAAUGAAGCUUUAAUUUUACGAAAGCAGCAUCUUCUUGACAAGAUAGGAGUAAAUACAGAAAUAUUAUUCCCAGAAUUAUCAGAAGAGCAGAUAGCAAAUAAUUUAAAAAAUAUAAAUGAAGAGUUAAAAAAAUACGUAUUUUUAAAUAAACGUAAUUUAGAUCAAUGGAAUAUUUUCUUAGAACAGAAAAAUGAUUUAAUAAAAAGACAAUCGGAGUUACUAGAGAAUUAUGAUACUAUAAUUAAAUUUAUAAAAAAUUUAGAUGAAAAAAAAGAGGAAAAAAUGAAUUUAACAUUUGAAAGUGUAAAAGAAAAUUUUGAUUUUUUUAGUAAAAAAUUAUGCAACUUUGAUGUGUGUUUACUAGCAGAAAAUUCAAAGUUGUCUAUAAAUGUUCCUGAAGGAGAUAAUAAAACGUUAAGUGGUGGACAGAAAACAAUGGUUUCUAUUGCAUUAAUUUUAAGUAUUCAAAAAGUUGAUCCGUCUCCUUUUUAUAUAUUUGAUGAAAUAGAUGCUAAUUUGGAUCAAGAAGGUAGAUUAAGAUUAUCUAAUUUAUUUAGUUCUAUUAAAGAUGUUCAAUUUAUUAUUACAACUUUUCGUGAAGAAUUAUUAAAUGUGGGAGAUCAUUUUGUAGGUGUAAGUUUUAGUGAGAAAAAAAGCUAUGCGAGUAAAGUGGAGAAAGAUGUUGCACAUAAUUUUUUAUUAGAGACAUAA